AUGCUAAAAUACAACGUAUACUUGGACGCUGCCUUGUUGGCGGUCAUCGGCUAUCACUUGUCCAUAGCUCCAUUCACCAAAGUCGAGGAAUCGUUCAAUAUCCAGGCCAUCCAUGAUAUCCUCAACUACGGAGUGUUUCCCCAAGAGGCCAUUUUGGACAACUACGACCAUAUCAACUUCCCUGGAGUGGUUCCCAGAUCCUUCGAGGGCAGUUUGAUCUUGGCUGGUGCUGCUAAAUACAUCAAUUGGCUCACUAAGCUCGUGGGCUACAACUUGCUCCACGAAAGAACCCAAGAGAACUUGGCAGGCUUGGUCAGAGGACUCUUGGGCCUUUUCAACGCCUACGGCUUGAUCAGAAUCAGAAACAGUGUCAACAAAAUCAACGUCAGAGGAAAGGGCCAAACUAAAGGUACUAUUGGGUUCUGGUACCUGGUGUUACUUCUCAGUCAGUUCCACUUAUUGUUCUACUCCUCCAGAACCUUGCCCAAUUUCAUCGCCUUGCCAGGUGUCUUGCUUGGCUUAUCAAAGAUUCUUGAAGGUGACACCACUGGAUUGACUUGGUUGGCCUUUAUCGGCAUAAUUUUCAGAUUGGAAGUGGGGGUAUUCGCCGUGAUUAUUGCAUUUGUUUCCUCUUUGAUCUAUGGCCAGUCCAACCUCAUUCUCAACGUUAUCUUCUUGGCUGUUGGUACGCUCUUAGGUGGUUUCCUGUCGUUUGCCAUCGAUUCCUACUUCUGGAACCAGAAAUUGUUGCCUGAAUUGUCGUCUUUCUUCUUCAACAUUGUUGAUGGAAAAUCGGCUCAAUGGGGCGUUCUGCCAUGGUCUACUUAUUUCAACAACUACCUUUGGCAAUUGUUCAGACCUCCAAUCAUUUUAUUGUUGGCUCUUCCUGGUUUGAUCAAUGAUCCAGCUUCAGAUGAAACUAGAGAGAAGAUAGCUACCGAUGACGGGAAAUUUUUGGAGAACCAGUCCCCAGCCAAGAACUCGUUAAGAAUCCUUUUCGUUUCUUCCCUUUUAUACAUUGCUGCUAUGUCGUUCCAACCACAUAAGGAAUGGAGAUUUAUUGUCUACGUGGUUCCUAUUUUCACCCUUCAAGCCGCCAAUGGUCUUGCAGGUAUCACUGAUAAAUGGAGCUUCAGUUUGUCCAGCAAAAUUUUCACACUCCUUACUGUUUUUGGUAUUUUUGUCAGUGCCAUUUUGUCGUUGUUAAUGGGAUAUGUUUCAAGCUACAACUACCCAGGAGGUCAAGCCUUGACAUUUGUUAACUCAUUCAUUGAUUCCACAUAUGCAAACAGCAGCGUGGUUGUUCACUUGGAUACUGCCUCUUGUAUGACUGGCAUUAACAGAUUUGGACAAAUUCAUGAUGAGUAUGUCACCUAUGAUAAGACCGAAGGACGUGAAGAAUUAUCCAACAUUUGGAAUGACAUUCAAAUCUUGGUUAAGGAAAACCCCAUCCCAGAGAUUGGAACUUCAGAUGGUGCAGUAUUAGUCUUUGAAAAGAAGAACUGGGAAAUAAUUCACACCGUUCCUACUUAUAGAGCUUUGCAAGUCGGUCCAAUUAUCAGUUUGGUCAGAAGAUUAUCUGAUUCCGACGAAUUAUUCAAGUUCGUCUUUUCCGUUAUUGAAGAAUUAAAGGAAGGAGAGUCCAAAACGUUGAAGAAUAUCUUGAGAUCCCUUGUUGUUACACAGGACUACUUGUAUGUUUACAAUAGAUUGGCCAAGGAUGAAAACCUUGUGAUUGAAAGUGGGGAUAUGUACAAAGACCAAGCCCAAGUUGGAUUCGAAGAGGGCAAGACCCAUGAAAUUGAAGCUGAGGCCAUUAAGGAAGCUGUCAAUGCCGAGAUCGACCACCUCGAAGAAAACUAG